GGGGGGAGAGGGGGGGGGCGGUGAUCGCGGCUUCAUUCGGCUUUUGGCUUCUCAAUCCGAAAUGUGGAGACUCAGUUUUCUUCCCGUGGAAUUUAUAAGAGGGCUGCCCUGCGCUAACCGUGAGAUGGGGUUUCUCUACUAAUGGAAAGGCAAGACACAAGCCCAGGAGAGGAGGAGAGUCAUCAGGAACGAGGGCUCCUACUGGUGUGGAAAGGCUAUGGCAGCUCUUUGGUCCCACAGCGGCUGCCUGGCCUCGGGGGCAAGGUGGUGUUACAGGCGGCUAUGGGAGCCCAGCACGGCGUACUGCUCAUUGAAGGUGGUGUUGUCUACAGCUUUGGGCAGUUCCCAUGGAGACUGAACUCUGUGAGCAAUCAUGCAAUUGUUCCCACUCGAGAGGGGAGUCUGGAGGGCGCGCGGGUGGUCAGUGUGGCUGCGGGGAGCUACCACAGCGGAGCGGUGACCGAGGACGGCAGUGUCUUCAUGUGGGGUGAGAACUCCUCCUGCCAGUGUGGAGUGACAGGCCAGAGCCACGUCCAGACCCCGACUCUGGUCCCAAUCUGCGACCCCGAGACCAGCCCCCCGCAGGCGAGCCGGAUCGUGCAGCUGGCCUGCGGGGAGCAGCACACCCUGGCCCUGUCGUCCAGGCGGGAGGUGUGGGCCUGGGGCAGCGGCUGCCAGCUGGGCCUGGUCACCACCAGCUUCCCCGUGGCCAAGCCCCACAAGCUGGAGCACCUGGCCGGCCGAGAGGUGCUGCAGAUUGCCUGUGGAGCACAGCACAGUCUGGCGCUUGUCCAGAGGCCAUCCCCGCACGAGAAGAAGCAGAACCCAGAGAAGUGCGACCACUGCCACCAGCUGUUGCUGACUAUGAUGGACAAGGAGGACCACGUGAUCAUAUCAGACAAUCACUACUGCCCACUGGGCAUGGAGUUGUCCGACUCUGAAUGGAAAUCUUUGCCACUCAAUCACUAUCAGUCUCCUUCCAAACACCCAAUUUACCGAUCUGACACAGGCAGCAGCAGCCUUCAGCAGCUGGAGGAUGCUCUUCACGGCGCUAGCUCCGCCGCCGGUGAAUUGGAGCACAGCGAGUGCUCGAUUGCGGCUGAGCGGGGAAGCCCUCUCUGUCCGGUGCUGGAGGCCAACGGUGCCCCUGGCAACCAGAGACUUCGGAGCUCACCUUAUCCCGACGAAAAGGCCGUCAAGGAGUACCUCCAAAAGCUCUCUGACAAUUCCCAGACAGAUUGCUCUGCUAAAGGAGCCCAGGUCUCGUGCCCACAACUCCUGCUUCAACCCGACAGUGCGCAUUCAGUCACUGCUUCACCCUCGACUCCUUCAGCCUUCAACACGCUGGUGGUCUCCUGUGCCUCGGUGGUUGGGGAGAAGGUGGCUGCCACCUACGAAGCCCUUUCACUCAGGAAAGUUGUGAACUACUACUACCCCUCGCCCACAUCGAUGCUGACCUGUAUCGGCGGCCCAGCGGGCAGCAUACCUUACCACAAGGAGACCCGGGAAGAGCUUGUGAGAAUGCAAGAGACCAUGCCGGACAAGAGGAGCUCCAGCCUGGGGGACAUUCGAGAGGAAGGGACCGAGGGACUUUGCCGCAGAUUGUCAUUGCCUGGACUUCUGUCUCAAGUCUCGCCUCGGCUGCUAAGAAAAACAAGACGUGUGAGAGUGCAAGCAGUAAACCUGACCCCCACCCCAAGCAGUGAGGCAGACGCCCACCUUCCCUCUCUGCAAACUGAGAUCUGGAGCUGGGGAAGGGGCAAAGAGGGUCAACUGGGUCAUGGAGAUGUCCUCCCCAGGUUGCAACCACUGUGCAUCAAGAGCCUGAGCAGUAAGGAAGUGAUCCAGGUUGCUGCUGGGGCCUACCAUUCGCUGGCCCUGACUGCCAAAUCCCAGGUCUACUCGUGGGGCAAUAACACCUAUGGACAGCUCGGUAAUACAGAGUCACCAACUAUAAUGCCUCGUCUCGCCAAGAUUCCAGAGGGUGUUCGUGUAUGGGACAUUGCAGCAGGACAGGAACAUUCCCUUUUUUUGACCGAUGGGGAGUUCUCCCAGCCGAACAUUUAUUACAGCGGACGACAGGUGGUCCAAGACUCUGAGAACCCAGUCACAGAUGACACGAGCACCGAGCAGCCAGUGUUUCUGCCCUUCUGUGGCCAGUUCGGCUAUGUUAACAGUCUAUUUGCUGGGGGCCAGAGCUGCCUGGCACUGGCUGACAGAAACGUCAUGGGCUACAUUGCCAGCUUGCACGAGCUGGCUUCAUCGGAAAGAAGAUUCUACUGCAAGCUGAGUGACGUGAAGUCUCGGAUUCUCAAACCCCUCCUGGGCUUAGAUAACUUGGCUUCCGCCUUGGGUCCCUCCUCAACACAGUUGCUGCAAGACUUGGCCAGCAGAUUCAGCAAGCUGUGUUGCCUGAUAGGGCAGCACAGUGCUUCCUUGAACAAAUUCCUUCACAGCUCGAAGGACGUGAAGACGCUUGCCAUGCUGGAGCACUCAUCCGUUUUCCUGGACACUUUCAAAGAGUACUGCAACUCGGUCGGGAAUUUUGUGGUCGUCGGUGGUUUUCAAUUAUUGGUGAAACCAACCGGGGAUCUCUUGAACAAAAACCUACAGGUGCUCCAUCAGCUGUCGGAAGUACAUGAUGAGAACACAUCUCUGGCUGAGCUGUUGCACGCCCUCUUUUACAUGCCCAUCAGACAUCUGCACGAAUACGCCCGAGUGCUACUGAAACUUGCAACUUGUUUUGAAGUGGUGUCUGUGGAAUAUCAGAACCUUCAGGAGAUCAGCAGUCUGUGUGAAGCUCUUGGUCUGUACUUGAAGAAAAAACGGAAGGAGGCAGAGGUCACUUACAUCUUCUGGAAAACGUUCCCAGGCAAAAUGACGGAUUCCCUGAGAAAGCCAGAGCGACGCCUCAUUUGUGAGAGCAGCAACCGGGGGCUGACGCUGCAACACGCCGGGAGAUUUUCUGUCAACUGGUUCAUCCUCUUCAAUGACGCGCUGGUUCAUGCUCAGUUUUCAACACAUCACAUUUUCCCUUUAACAACGCUCUGGGUAGAGCCUCUCUCAGAGGAUACUGGAAGCAUAAACGGCCUGAAAGUGACCACUCCUGAAGAGCAGUUCAUCCUCACUGCAGCAACGGCUCAAGAAAAGACGAAGUGGCUGAGAGCAAUUAACUUGGCUGUGGAUCACGCGCUGAAUGGUGCUCCAGACAUACUGGUUCCUGGGUCUGGGAGUGUCCUGAGAGCAGAGCCCCCAAUUUCGCGCACUGCCGGUUACACCUUCUACAAGGACCUGCGGUUGAAGGAAGCCACGUACGAGGGUCGCUGGCUGGCUGGGAAACCACACGGCAAGGGAGUCCUGAAGUGGACAGAUGGCAGAAUGUAUUCUGGAGACUUCAAAAAUGGUUUGGAAGAUGGGUUUGGAGUGUAUAUCGUGGCCAAUAAAGCUCUGAAAAAAAAUGAUCACUAUCAGGGCCAUUGGAAAGAAGGCAAGAUGAAUGGAUAUGGGAUUUACAAGUUUGCCACAGGAGAAGUGUUCGAGGGCUCUUUCCAAGAGCACAUGCGGCACGGACACGGCUUGCUGCGCAGUGGCAAGAUGACAUCUUCCUCCCCCAGCAUGUUCAUCGGCCAAUGGGUGCAGGACAAGAAGAUGGGAUAUGGCGUCUUUGAUGAUAUCACGAGAGGGGAGAAGUACAUGGGGAUGUGGUUGGAUGACAGUCGCCAUGGCAGUGGAGUGGUGGUUACCCAGUUUGGCCUGUACUAUGAAGGUGCCUUCAGCAACAACAAAAUGACAGGCUAUGGUAUAUUGCUUUCUGAGGAUGACACAAGAUAUGAAGGAGAGUUCUCCGAUGACUGGAUGCUGAAUGGAAAGGGAAUCCUCACCAUGCCGAACGGUGACUACUUUGAAGGGACGUUCAGCGGAGAGUGGGGAUCGGGGAUCAAAAUUGCUGGCACGUACUUCAAGUCUAAUCUGUACGAGUGUGACAAGGAGAAAGCACGUGUGUUGAAGCUGGGUAACCUGGCAGUGCUGGCUGACGAGAAAUGGAAAGCUAUUUUUGAUGAAUGUUGGAGCCAGCUUGGCUGUGAAAACACAGGGCAGGGCGACUUGGAUCAGGCCUGGGAUAAUAUUGCAGUCUGCCUCACAACAAGUCAGCGGGAGCACAAGGACAGCCCAGAUUUCAAGAGCCGAGCCCAUGCUCAGACGCUGGAGAGUUUGGAAGUUAUCCCUGAGAUCAUCGGCCCCCUCACUUUGGAGAAAUACGAGAUCAUCAGGAAAUAUUUAAUCAAGGCUUGUGAUACUCCUCUGCACCCGCUAGGGAGGCUGGUGGAGACACUUGUGGCCGUGUACAGGAUGACUUACGUGGGGGUGGGUGCCAACCGGCGGCUCCUGCAACAAGCAGUGAGUGAGAUCAAAUCCUACUUAACUCGCAUCUUCCAGCUGGUAAGAUUUCUGUUUCCUGACCUCCCAAACGAGGGCAGCAUGAUCCCAGCAACAACGACCAAGGAUCAUGGAAAUCGGGACUCUCCUGACUUUGGCAACAUGUUGAUGACCAGCUGCAGCUUGCUCCUUCCUGUGUUGUUACCGCGACUCUACCCUCCGCUCUUUACUCUCUACGCUCUGGACAAUGAAAGGGAAGAAGAUGUUUACUGGGAGUGUGUACUGCGGCUGAACAAACAGCCAGAUCUUUCCCUGCUCAGCUUCUUGGGAGUCCAACAGAAGUUUUGGCCUGUUACAAUCUCUGUGCUGGGAGAGAAGAAAGAGGUGCUGCCCACUGCAAAGGAGGUUUGCUACGCGUCAGCUAUUGAAUGCUUACAACAGAUCAGCACGACCUUCACCCCAUCUGACAAGCUGAAUGUCAUCCAGCAGACCUUUGAGGAGAUCACGCAAGAGGUAUUGGGCAUGCUGCGAGAGGAUUUCCUCUGGUCCAUGGAUGACCUGUUCCCUGUGUUCCUCUAUGUGGUGCUGCGAGCCAGGAUCAGAAACCUGGGUUCAGAGGUCCAUCUAAUUGAAGAUCUAAUGGACCCAUCUGUACAGCAUGGGGAACAGGGCAUAAUGUUCACAACACUAAAGGCCUGUUACUACCAAAUUCAGCAUGAAAAACUGACCUAGGAGAACUCACUAACUGGGUAUCACUGACCAGUUGACUGGCACCAUGCACAUUAAGGAUAACUGAACAUGGUCUUGUUAAACUAGACCAGCAUGUAGAUUCUGCCUGACCAGUUCUCUGCACAGUUCUUUUAAAUUGGGGUCGGAGUCUGAAGACCUUCCUCCUUGACUUUACAACAGCACCACAUUUGACCUGUAAUUUAUUCAACAGAUUAUUUAAAUGGACAAUAAAAAUGGAUUGUUGCUGGAGGGUUACACUGGUCAGAUUGAAUGAAGCAAAAAGAAAAAUCAGCGAAUCCCGAUGCUGGAAAAAAAGAUUGUAUAUUGCAGCAGAACACGAUUUGGAAACCCAUUGAUCACUGUGCCAGGAUCAGGAGAGAGCGCUUAAUGGGGAUUCCUCUGCACCCCCCCACCUCCCCCCCACAUCCAAAUGACAGUCACUGUGUUAAUGAUGCUGUAUUGUGUGUGUGCGCGUGUAUUUAUGUCGGGUGUGCUGAACCUUUGUGGCAUAAUGUGAGGUCAGAUGCCCCAGGAUACUUAUCCCUCAUGGCGGAUGCAUUUUGAGGUAAAACUGAUCCAUUGAAUUGUUCAUCACCAGCCUUUUGCAUGAUGGCGAUAGGUCUGCAUAAUCAUUUCAAGAUCAUUCCAGCACUGGCCACUUGCCUCUUAAGCAGACACUACAGUCUGAAUUGCAAUUAACCAGCAUUUUCUCCCAUUUUCACUUCAGUAAAUGUCCCUGUAUGCAAAACUUCUUUGCAAAAGGCUGUUAAGUCGUUGCAUUGUAUCUGAAAGUUGUUUCUACUUUUCUCCUGCCUUUCUCUAAACAGCUCCCUUUCCAUAUUUAGAUGAUCUGGUCUUCAUUUUACCAGCUCACAGCCACUGGCACCAGUUACAGUCCACCAUAUUGUUGUUCAGCCCAAAGCAGCAUAUUCUGCAGGAAGCAAAUAUUUUCAAUAGCCACUUUUCUCUGCAAGAAAUGCACCUACUGCCACCAGGACAUUGAUGGCAAUCAAGGAGAAAUUUGCAUGUUUGCAGCUCACUCUCUUCCUAACUCAUAGUCUCAGGCCCUAACAAGCCAGAUGGAUUCAUCUACCAGGGCACGAUGUCUAUCAUCCUAUUGAUGGAAGCUAAGCUUAUAUAAAGUUAUUGGUUUUUCA